AAACUUUGGUAACUCGUGUAUUUUACGUGUUAAUAAUUCGAGAAUUAAGAAUUCAAGGAUCUCCAAUUAAUAAUCGAGAUAAUAAGUUUCUCUACAAAUUUAAAUAAAGUAGAUCUUAGGGGGUCAAAUUAAGAGAAAAAAAAUGAUAAAAACGGAUAAAUUGAUAAAGACUGAGGAUCUAAAGAAAUGAAAUAUGUAGCUGUACGUGACUGGAAUUGUAAUUAUUAUAACCUACAUGGUUACGCUUAGUUCGUUAAAAGUGAAUGUUUUAAGUCCAAGUGACAAGCCGGAGCAGACGGAGGCUGGUGAGGAAAAGAAAAUGAAGCCCGAUGACAAGGUUAAGCAAAAGUCCAAGCAGGACGAAGCGGCGGAGAAGACCAGUGUACCAAGUAACAACAAUGAAAGCGGCAAUUGUUAUUGCGGCAAGGAAAGAAAUCUGAACAUCGUCGAAUUACUGUGCGCCAGCUGCUCGCGCUGGUUCCACGAGUCCUGCAUCGGAUACCAGUUGGGCAAACUGGUACCGUUCAUGACGAACUACGUAUUUGUGUGCAAGAACUGUUCGCCGACUGGACUGGAAAGCUUUAAGAAGAACCAGGCACCAUUUCCUCAGAUGUGCGUGACAGCAAUCGCGAACCUGCUGCAGAUGUGCCAAAAGGAGAACGAGCAGAAGGUCCUUUUCCACAAGGAUAAGGACAUCAUACCGUUCAUCGAUUGUCACUGGGAGAGCAUGACUACGAUGCCGCGCAGAGCUACUCAAUCCUGGCACGCUACGAUCCAACGAGCAUUGCUCAAAGACAUCGGAAUAUUGUUUACGAUGGACGAGAGUACGGUUGAGGGUCAGCUGUUCGGAUUGGCGAGCUCUGAACUCACGUCAAUUAAGCCGAAUUACGAAGCAAUGAUUAAGAAUGGUCACCUCCGAACAACAGAGAUGGGCUUACAGCACGUCGUGCCGCUUAGCGGGAGCUUGCGAGGUCGUAACGCCAAGCGGAAGAUCCCAGGCGAGGCCGCGGGCACGGGUUCCGGAAAAAAGGGCAGGGGAUCCGACAUGACCACCCCCAAGCUGCCGGCUCAUGGGUAUCCACUCGAGCAUCCCUUCAACAAGGACGGCUACAGAUACAUCUUGGCGGAGCCGGAUCCUCAUGCUCCUUUCCGACAGGAAUUCGACGAAAGCAGCGAUUGGGCUGGUAAACCUAUACCCGGAUGGCUCUAUCGCGCUCUUAGUCCGAGUACAGUGUUGCUUGCGUUGCACGAUCGUGCGCCACAGCUCAAAGUGGCGGAGGACAGACUGGCAGUUACCGGAGAAAAGGGAUAUUGCAUGAUCAGGGCCACGCAUAGCGUAAGUAGGGGUACUUGGUACUGGGAAGCUACGAUUGAAGAGAUGCCGGAGGGAUCUGCGACGAGACUCGGAUGGGGACAGGAAUAUGCAAACUUGCAAGCUCCGCUUGGCUACGACAAGUUUGGUUAUUCGUGGAGAUCGAGAAAAGGAACACGGUUUCACGAAAGUCGCGGCAAGCAUUACAGUGACACUUACGGCGAGGGUGAUACCUUAGGCUUCCUCAUAGUUCUUCCUGACACACAUCAUGCGUCGCACAUUCCGAAUACUUAUAAAGACAGACCCCUAGUAAAGUUCAAGAGCCACUUGUAUUACGAGGAGAAGGACCAAGUGCAGGAAGCCCUGAAAGCCCUGCGACCCUUGGAGGGCAGCAAAAUUAUAUAUUACAAGAACGGAGUCAACCAAGGUAAUGCCUUCAUCGAUAUCAACAAGGGCGCUUACUACCCUGGGAUAUCGCUCUUCAAGAGUGCAAUGGUGUCUGUGAAUUUUGGGCCGAAUUUUAAAUAUCCUCCGACGGAUGUUGCGUUUAGAGGCAUGCACGAGAAGGCGGAGGAGGCGAUAGCCGAGCAGUCAAUGGCGGACAUACUCUAUCUUACCGAAAACGAAGGCAAAUUAAGACUGGAUACAUUCGUGUUGUGACAUUAGUGCACCUUUUUAUUUUUGUCGUUUUUGUUGUACAUUAUGCAGUUGCUACGAUUGCAGGGAGAUUGGCACAACAAUACGUGGCCUAAUUGAACCAAGAAAAAGAAAGCAAACCACGGGAAAUUUUUUUACUUGCAUUUAUUUACAUAUGCAUGUUUAUUCUGAAAGUUUUCGUAGUUUUAGUACAUUUCGAAAUGAGGAGAAAGGUGAAUCUCAUCAUUUGUUUUAACUCAUUUCUCUCAUAUCGAAUUUGCACCAUGCGCUCUAUUGUAUUGUUGAACCAAACCCUUGCAAUUAAAGGAUUCAGUGCAACAACGGUCGAGAAGAUAAUUCUCAAUAUUUUUUGAAAAAAUAAAUCGAAGUCAAGAUCGAUGGAAUUACAUUUCUUUUAACGCGCUGUUUAAUCUGUAUUACGAUUUUAGUAAUUUAACUUCGUUCCAAUUCUACAAAUCGAGAAAUAAUUUAAUUUUAUCUGAUUUCGUUUGGUGUAUAGAGGGCAGUACGUACAUAAUGAUCUCAUUUAAUAAAAAAAAAAUGAUAUUAUUUAUGUAA